UACUACGUAGAAAUAUAUGUGAUUCAGCUUUAUUUACAUAUCAUGGGACAAAUAGCCCCAAGAAGAGCCGCGGGUCCAGCUGCUAGUGCUAACUAAAAUAUAAAACCAAAUUCUUAUUAAUAUUAAAAUAAGAUUGUAUUUUUCAAUAAACAUCAAAUAAGUUUUGCAAAUAUAUUGAGUUUUAUUUCUGUUACAAAUUGUUCAUCUAAAUUCUUUUUCCAAUUUUAGCAAAAUCAAAUUGGCAACAUCCAAUAUGUUUCAGUCUUCGAAAUUCUUGUUUCGUUCGUUGCAUUGUUCAUUUGUCGUAAUUUGUUUCUGUUUGAAAGUUUAAGUUUUAUGAAUUUAGAAUGUCAUCUUCUUCGAGAUAUGACGAUCGUCGAUACUCCUCUGGUUACCGAGACAGCCCUCAAAAUAUGCGAAGAGAUAGAGACAGGGACAGAGAUAGAGAUAGAGAUUCAAGGCGACGAUCCGUUCCCGGUCCGAGCAGAGCCCGUAGUCCCCCACCAUUUGUAAGACCAAGAGAUGAGAGUGAAUUACCUACUGAAUUUGGACGAGUUGUGCAACCAGCAUUCAAAGAGGAUGAGAAUACUGUGCUCAAGAGGAUGAGAACAGCUUUUACCCACAGUCCUCUUUCAGUGGUGUAUCAGUGUAUCAAAGAUAAGGAGAAAAUAAAGGUUUGGACACGAAAUUUCAAGGAAGUUCGAGGUAUUUGUACAGGGUUUGUGGUUGCCUUCGAUAAGCACUGGAAUUUGAUUUUAUCUGAUGUGGAAGAAGUCUACAUGAAGCCAAAAAAGGCGAAAACUCCUUAUUUGUACGACAUUAAAGCUGAAGACUUACCAGAGUUGCCACCAAAAGUGCCCAGAGUGAAGAAGACCGCUGCAACAAAGAAGGUUACUGAGGAAGAAGCACCAAAGAAAGAAGCAGAGAAGAAAGUUGCUGAGGAAAAAGCUGUAAAGAAAGAGGAAGAAGCAGAGAAGAAAGUUGCUGAGGAAGAAGCAGCAAAGGAAGAGGAAGAAGCAGAGAAGAAAGUUGCUGAGGAAGAAGAGAAGAAACCAGAGGAGAAAAAGAAGAAAAAGAAAGGCAGGAAAAUUCAUAAACGUCACCAUAAACAAUUAUUUAUUCGGGGUGACAACAUUGUCCUGUGUGCUCUUUUCGACUCUCCCAGUGAGCCAGCCUCUAGACGGUCGGAAAACUGAGUGUCCAGCGAUUUCCUUGAUGAUUAUUGGUAUGGUACGAUUGUAUUGUAUUGAUAUUUGAAUGAUGUUUUAUACAAUUAAAUUAUGAUCAUCCAAGUUAUUCUCUCUCGCUGCUGUCAUCGAUUCUUGUAAGAGUGUUAUUGUUAAUUUUUAUUUUAAAAUAUUACAUGAAAAGUAAUGUAAAACUAUAUAUUUAUAUUUUGUUAUCUCUGAUUUGUAAACAUAUGAGAAUAAUUUGAACGAUCUUUUGCGCAUUAAUCUUUGAGUUUUAGAUUGAUACUAAAAUGUUCAAUGUUUCUGAGUUCAGAUCGACUCAGUAUGUCAUUUUCUGUGAGAACAAAUUAAAGUAUU